AUGCAAGAUCCAAAGAAUUCAUCAAAUAUUAGUGGCUCAUCAUUUAUAGAUCUAAAAGCAGAAAUAUUUAAAUAUAAAGAAGAUUUUAAAAGGAAAAAAGAGUUAGCCGGUAAACAACCAGGCUCCGAGGCCUUAAAAAAACCUGAGAAGAGAGUUGGAUUAUGGGAUCGCCAAAAUAAAGGGAUUAAUGAAAGAUUGAGAAAAGAUGAAUUGGAGAUUGUUGAGUCGUCAACAUUAGAAGCAAGUAGAAAAGCUAUGGAAAGAAAAGCAAAGUUAUAUGAUCAAUUAGUAAAGACUGGUAUUGAUGGUAAAUGGUUUUUCUUUUAA